UUGGGGGGACUCUGGUAUCCUAUUCCCAGGUCCGGAGGAGGAGUCUCUGCGUGGAGGAAGUAUCUCCACAGAUUGGUUGUGUGUGUGGAGCGGCGACCUCCUCCAUAGUGAGCUUGUUGCAAGCCAUCGUUAAAUUUAAACUAAACCAAAACACGUCCACGGGAGGAAAACGGGCUAAUCCGCCUUCGACUAGACACAGUUUUGGUCUUCGUCUUGUGUCCCUUCGUCCAGGCUGAAGCGGUGCAGCAGCAGCCGGGGCCAGAAGCGAGCAGUAUGCAUUCGGACUGCAGGCUGCUACGGGCAGAGCGGUAAUGGUGGGCCGGGGACCGACAGGGGCCAGGGUGCUCGUCCUGUCCGUGCUCAUCGUUCUCACCGCGGAGGGCUGUCGAGGGCAGAAAGGUGAUGGAUGUGGCCCCAGUGUGCUCGGCCCCAGCAGCGGGACCCUGUCCUCUCUGGGGUAUCCCAGGACAUCCCCGAACAACGCUGUGUGUGAGUGGGAGAUCACGGUACCGCGUGGAAAGAGGAUCCAAUUUCGAUUUGCUCUGCUGGACAUACAGGACAGUGACUGCCAGGUCAACUAUAUCCGCCUCUACGAUGGCAUCGGACCCGAAAGGAGUGAGAUUGUAAAGUACUGCGGUUUGGGUCAGAAUGUCGAUGAGCUGGUCGAGUCCUCGGGUAACCAGGUGACAGUCCAGUUCAUGAGUGGGAUGCACCGCACUGGGCGUGGAUUCUACCUGUCCUACUCCACUACUGAACACUCAGAUCUAAUCACUUGCCUUGACAAAGGAUCUGAUUUUCCAGAGGCAGAGUUCAGUAAAUACUGUCCUGCAGGCUGCUUGACGUCUACAGAGGAGAUUUCUGGAACUGUACCAAAUGGAUACAGAGAGUCGUCCCCUGUGUGCGUGGCGGCUGUCCAUGCAGGUGUGGUGUCCAAUGCUGUGGGAGGGAGGAUCCAUGUGGUGAGCAGCAAAGGCAUUCCUCACUACGAGGGAACACUGGCUAAUAAUGUCACUUCCACUGGAGGAACGUUGUCUGACAGUCUUUUCACCUUCAGAACAAAUGGCUGCUACGGGACGCUGGGGUUGGAGUCCAGCGGAGUUGCGGACACUCAGCUCAACGCUUCGUCUGUGUGGGACUGGAACACCACCAGCGGUCAGCGCAGCGUGUGGAGGCCAUCCGGAGCUCGGCUGAAGAACGCCGGGCUGCCCUGGGCUCCUUCACACAGCGACCGGCAGCAGUGGCUGCAGGUUGAUCUCAAGAGGGAGAAGAGAAUCACAGGCAUCAUCACCACAGGUUCUGGCCUGAGGGAGUACCAGUACUUUGUGUCAGCGUACCGGGUUCAGUACAGCAAAGACGGCAAGGAGUGGCAUUUCUACAGGGAAAUAAAUUCUACACAAGACAAGAUUUUCCAAGGUAACAUCAACUACCUGCACGAGGUGAGGAAUAACUUCAUUCCUCCGAUCGAGGCUCGUUUAGUGAGGAUAAAUCCCACCUUGUGGCACCAGAGAAUUGCACUUAAGCUAGAGCUGCUCGGCUGCCAAGUUCUUGAAGUGAGGUUGAAUACUGUUCCAAAACUGUUCACCACUUCUGGUUCUGGUUCCACUCCACCUCCUGCGAAGACGAAGCAUCCGCCUCAUCUUAUCGAAACCACCCAAACCCCAGACAUCAGAAACACGACAAUGCCUCCUCACACUGGCAGAGAUGUGGUGUUGACAGCAGUUCUGGUACCGGUGGCGGUCAUGGUCCUGACCGCUCUGAUUUUGACGGUGGCUUGUGCUUGCCACUGGAGGAAUAAGAAAAAGAGUGCAGAGGGAACGUACGAUAUUCCUUACUGGGAUCGCACAGGUACGUCACCGCUCUGUCAGGUAGGUCUGGGUGUGCAGUGGUGUUGAAGCUCUGCAACUCAU